AACUUCCGCCAGUACUCCGCUUCGGCAGAUUGAUCGCGCGACUGCGCAUUUGGAAGCACAAAGAAUUUGAGUCGACAGGAGCAAGUAACAACAACACAUUGUUGCCUGCAGACUGAUACCUGUAACAGCAAAGUAGAGAAAAGCAGCACCAUGCUUGUGCAGUGAAGGAUAUCAAAGAGACGCCACUACAGCGAUAUUUCUUUUGAUAAAUAGGUGCCUUCCCACUGGAAGAAAAUGACUAUCAAAACAACCAGCAACUUUUAUCGCUUAGUUUUAAAAGUAGCGUUGCUCCAAAUCCUCGGGGUGCAGCAGACUCUAGAGGCACCGACUGGCAUAGUCAAGUUUCCAGGGGAUAACAGCACGAAAACAAACAAGGAAAUAGCCACUUUAUACUUGAACAAAUUCUAUGGCUGCCCGAAAGAAAGGUGCGAUCUUGUGGUAUUGUCCGACACACUGAAGAAGAUGCAGAAAUUUUUUGGACUGCCACAGACUGGAGAACUGGACAGUGAGACUGUAAACGUUAUGAAAAAGCCGCGAUGUGGAGUUCCUGACCUGGCCAAUUACAACUUUUUCCCACAGCUGCCCAAAUGGGAGAAUAAUCAUGUAACUUACAGGAUUUUAGGAUACACUCACGAUCUGGACUCAGAGACGGUGGAUGAUGCUUUUGCUCGGGCUUUUCAGGUAUGGGCUGCCGUCACGCCUCUGUCAUUUACAAGGACCUUCGAUGGAGAGGCGGACAUCAUGAUCAACUUUGGCCGCUGGGAACAUGGUGAUGGAUACCCAUUCGAUGGGAAGGAUGGGUUACUGGCACACGCCUUUGCCCCAGCGAAAGGAAUUGGUGGUGAUUCUCAUUUCGAUGAUGAUGAGUUCUGGACGUUGGGUGAAGGACGAGUUAUUAGGGCAAGAUAUGGGAAUGCAGAAGGUGAAUUUUGCAAAUUUCCUUUUAUGUUCAAUGGGAAGGAGUACAAUAGCUGCACUACUGAUGGUCGUAGUGAUGGCUUCCCUUGGUGUUCCACAACUUAUAAUUUCGAUACAGAUUCAAAAUAUGGAUUCUGUCCUCAUGAAUCACUCUUUACUAUGGGAGGAAAUAGCGGUGGAGAGCCAUGCUCAUUUCCUUUUACCUUUGAAAGCAGGCAGUAUGACAGCUGCACAACAGAAGGAAGAACAGAUGGCUACCGGUGGUGUAGCACAACCAGCAAUUAUGACACAGACAGAAAAUACGGGUUCUGCCCGGACCCAGCUUUGUCAACAAUUGGAGGAAACUCAGAUGGUCAACCUUGUGUAUUUCCUUUCACUUUCCUUGGGAAAACAUAUGAUUCCUGCACAACUAAUGGACGUAAUGAUGGCCAAAUAUGGUGUGCGACCACUGGAAACUAUGACCAAGAUAGCAAGUGGGGAUUCUGCCCUGACAGUGGUUACAGUCUUUUCCUUGUUGCUGCUCAUGAGUUUGGUCACGCACUUGGCUUGGAGCAUUCCCAAGAUCCUGGAGCACUAAUGGCCCCAAUCUACACCUACAGCAAACACUUCAGACUCUCAAAUGACGAUGUUCUCGGCAUUCAGAAGCUUUAUGGUGCACCAACCGAUAAACCCUUGCCACCAACACAGGGUCCUGUCACUCCUAUGAACCUAUGCGAGGACAACUUGGUCUUUGAUGCAAUUGCACAAGUCAGAGGAGAGAUUUUCUUCUUCAAAGAUCGAUUCUUGUGGAGAACCACAAAUCCCCGGACCAAACCCACGGGACCUGUGCUAGUUGCUGUUUACUGGUCUGAUCUGCCUGAAAAAAUGGAUGCUGCCUAUCAGGAGCCUUUGCAUGACAAGGCUGUAUUCUUUGCAGGAAAUCAGUACUGGAUUUAUAGUGCCAGUGACCUGGAGAAAGGAUAUCCCAAGAAAAUCUCCACACUUGGGUUACCAGAAGACUUGCCACGAAUUGAUGCAGUUUUUAACUGGAAGAAAAACAAGAAGACUUACAUCUUUGCAGGUGACAAGUUUUGGAGAUACAAUGAAGUGAAGAAAAAAAUGGAUGCUGGAUUCCCUAAGUUAAUUGCAGAUGCCUGGAAUGGCGUCCCAGACAGCUUGGAUUGUGCCCUUGAGUCUCUUGGAAAUGGACACACCUAUUUUUUCAAGGAUUGGUACUAUCUUAAAAUGGAAGACCAGAGCUUGAAGAUUAUCAAAGUAGGAAAUGUGAAAACUGACUGGCUCGGUUGUUAGGAUAAACAUUUUUUUUAUCAUUUAUCUUAUUUUCUUCCAAAUAGUCGUAUGUCUUAGCUGUAAGUUAUUGUUUAAGUGAUAAGUAUAGCAUUGUCUCAUGGUUGUAAAGUCAAGCUUGGAAUUUUACACGAAGACCAAUUACAACAGUAUUAUUAUCCAGCUUUGCUAUUGAAACAAUAUUUUAGGUCAGUAUUUUCAUUAUUCUGUAAGAACUAAGGAAAAAAUGGUGAAGGCACAGGUUGCCUAAAGUAUUGAUUUGUGUAGUGUGAUGGAAUUAGAAUGAAAAACCAUUAUUUAAAUAUUUGAAAAUGCUUUCUGUACUUUACGGGUACAGUUUUUUUAACACGGGCCAUAUUCAUAUAAACUUGAAUUUUUCUUUUAAAAUACAGGAAAUGUUUUAAACAAAUCUAAACUAGUUCCAUGCAAUGGUAUUGAAACAUCGUAAUAACCAAGACAUGGAAAUAAUCAGCUAUCAAAAACAGAUCACAGAUACUACUUUUUAGAACAAUUAUAUGAUGGAUAGCUGAAAACAACCUAAAAUCAGGUUAUUUGUGAUUUUUUUCUGAACAGUUAGUUGAAGCUUUUGUAGUGCCCAGAUAUGAUAAAAAAGUUGACAACUCAAGAAACACUGGUGUUUCCAUUUCUUAUUUCACAGUGUUAACCAAAGUUACAAAGAGAUUGUGAUAUUUUGAACCAUUCUUGUACUAAUUUAGUUUUUUUUCAUAAAUUUUAUAUUCAAUAAAGUUGUCUUAAAGA